CAAAACAGUCAAAAUACAGAAUGACAUAACCACUGUGCAGUGCGCGAGGCGGGGUGUUUUUAAAUUAAAAAAUACUUUGAAUAUCUAAAUGUGGCAGUAAUUUUGAAACAAUUUACAAUCAAAUCAGUGAUCAUGUCGUACGCUUUGAUUCGCCAUUUGCGCCGUACGGCGUUAUUAACGCAGCAAAUCCGUGUUGAAUCCACUAUGACGAGCUUGACUCCGGAAGACAUCGUAUUUCGGCCUCCUCUCGCGCAAUGGGGCAAAGUUAUCAGAGAGGCAGAGAAGAUAGUUGGAUAUCCAACCUCUUUCAUGAACCUGAGAUGGUUACUGAGCGACGAAUUCGCCAAUUUGGCCAUGCAUUUGCGGACAGUUGUUGGCAUGAACCAUCCCAUAGUAAAAACAGCGAAAAUGCUCCUACACAACGAACACAACAACCUGCAACCCUGGGGCCUCGUCAUCCUACUCCUGUCUAAAGCGGUCAACCCACCAACAUCACUGCUCACCAGCACUGUCACCCAAAACCAGAGAAUACUUGCCGAAUUAACUGAAAUGAUCCGAACAGGACAUUACGUACAUCGAGGACUGUUAAACAUAUCACCGAGUGACCGAAACAAGAACUCGGACACGGCCAUGUUUGCAAACAAAAUAGCCAUCUUAAUUGGAGACUAUCUACUGGUAACCGCAAACGGCAUGCUAGCCAGAUUAAAGAACCAAGACCUUUCGUACUUAAUAUCUACGGCACUUCGUGAUAUCAGCGAAGGGGAGUUCUAUGGACAUAGAGACACACAAAACAUGCCUAUACCUGGUAAACCAAUAGAAAUUAACAGAGACGUUUACGAUAUCAAUAGUGAUACACUACCGUUAGAAGUGAAAGAUGUGUUAGGUUCACCGGUAAGAGAGUGGACGUUAAGAUCUAUGUACAACGGUGGGACUUUGUUUGGUCGAGGCUGUCAGGGAGCGUUGUUACUAGGCUCCCAUGACAACGAGAAGCAAGAAAUUGCAUACAAAUUCGGCUGCCAUCUAUGUUUAGCAUGGCAAGCUGCUACCGAAGUACAAAAAAUCACAUCAGACAAAGAUUCAUUUUCCUUAGUCAGUGCACCUGUGUUAUUUGCACUAAACGAAAAGCCACAUUUACACGAAUUAGUUGCUAAUGUUCAGAAUAUUACAGAUGUAGAUUUAGAAACAUUAAAAGAGGAAGUUUUGAAGACCGAUGCGGUUGAGCGGUCAAGGUUAUUGUAUACUGAGCAUGCGGAUAAAGCUAAGUCAUACGCGGAAACAUUUGGUGAUUGUCAGUCAAUAGAUACUAUGAAACAAAUGAUUUAUACAUUGUAGUACCUUUUUUGUAGUUAUACAAAUUUUGAUUUAUUUAGUCAAAAGUAGGUUAAAUGUUUUUUUUUUUAACUGACAUUAGAGAAAUUCAGUCAGUAGUCUUCAUUAACAUUUUUAAUUACUGAAUUAUGAAAGCGGCCUAGAAAUAUUCAAGGUUGACCUACUGUGUUUGUUAAAUUAUUUAAAACAUUACAUUUUUGUACUUUUCGGGGUUUCGGUGCUGGAUUUUUUUGUUUUUUGAUAUUUGUUUUUGUUUUGUUUAUAAACCAAAAUCAUGUAAAAUAUUUGUUAAUUAGGUUGCACAGCAAGAAGGUGCUUUGUUGAAAAAAUACACACUAUGAAAAGGGCGAGAGUACUAAUCUUAAACAAAAAACAUUGCAAACAUAUACAGCCUUACUACAAAAACUUAAACAUCUGUUGAACACUUGUCUAAAUAAAGUGUGGCUGCAAAACGGACCUUAUUUCAACGUCAUAAUCUGUCAUUUUUUAGACUAGUGUUCAACAGCCGUUUAAAAGAUUUUGUGGUACGACGGUUAAUAUUUCAUCCUAGUACCUGAUCACACAAAUGACAAUAAAUCAAUUUCCCAUCUUCUAUACAUUGCUUGAUUUAAUUUGAAAAUUUUAUAAAAAUGGUUAUUGCGUCUUGCAGGAUUUCAAACAGAAAUUUUACUGUUUAUAGUGUUGAACUAAAAUGUUCUUUUACUUUUUAUCCAUUACCAAAAUAUAGAGGAGGCUGAUAUACCGUUUCUUUUUUUUCAAAAAAAUAACUUUUUUGCAAAAGACAUCUUAAAUAAUCCUAACGUUAAUGUGAUUUGUCCCAAACAGUAAUUUAGUAAUAAUUAAAAUCUGUGUCCAAGCAUUUGUAUUUAAGUAAAGUAGAUAAUGUUGCACCAUCAUUGUUUUAUUAGUAUUUAAGAUAAAUUAAUUAUAAAUGUUACCUAUAGUUGUUAAGUUUUGUGAAGUACAUGAAUUUUAACUUUUGUAAA